AGAGCAAAAGUAUAAAACCGAAACGACAAACGUCCCACAGUUCUCUGUGUAUCGUAUCUCCUUGUCCUCAGCCCUGCGCGCCGCAGCCAAGUACGGUAGAGAGAAGGAGAGGAAUAGUUCGCAUCAACGACUCUUUAUGUGCGUCUGGGGUUUAUCAAAUCGUUAAGAUUAACUGAUUUUGUGAUAUCUGUAUUGCAACAAGUGGUGGUGAAUCAUGAUUCUUGGAAGUAACCCCAUCCGAGAAACUCACUAUGAUGUUCUGUCUGUGAAGGAAGAUGCAAGCUAUGAAGAAAUUCGAACAAGUUAUCGAAUGGCUAUCCUUAAUUCUCAUCCAGAUAAAUUACAUUCUGAUCAUGAAUCAGGAGAUAGAUUUUUGAGAGUACAGAAGGCUUGGGAAAUCCUUAGUGACCCCAAGUCACGCAUGGUCUAUGAUAGCGAGCUGCGAGAUUCAAGACAGAAUGUAGUGGCCUCAGAAGAUAUUGGCUUAGAUGAUAUGAUGAUUGAAGAUACCGGAGAAGUCAUGGAGCUCUUUUACCAGUGCCGAUGCGGUGAUCACUUCUCAGUCGAUUCUUUGGAGUUGGGUAAAAUGGGGUACAAUUUGUUGAGGGAUGGGACCGAGAUAUUUUUAAGGACCCCUGAUGCUUUACCAGCAUCAGUUGUUCUUCCUUGUGGUUCUUGUUCAUUGCUUGUUCGGCUGAUAAUAAAUCCAGAUAUUAAAGUUCCAAGUGAUGAUUGUUUGUGAUUGGUUUUCCAUUUUUCACUUCUGAUUGAUGUUAAGUUUUUCUUUUAAUUGUCAUAGGAAAGCUUUAGAUAUGAAGUGAAGCUGUUUGCAUCUAUGACAACCAUAGGAGGCAGUUGAAGAUAUUCUUUGUUGUGAAACAUUAUACUAAGUGAACAAGCUUGAGGAAAGUUUCUUUGUUGAUUUUGGG